GAAUAUCUGUUUGAUAAAAGUUGGAUGUGUCCCAUAAAAUUUUAGGAUAUUUGAUUUGAUAUCGGAUAUUUGUUAUAUUAUAUUUGUAUCCGGAUAUUUUUCCUUGCACCACACCCGCAAAACCCUUGGUCCACCCCAUUUCCUCUCAUUCGGCGGCUAUGACGUCGCGGAAUCACCGGACCCUGCCUGGCCUCGAAGCCACGGAGCCGGAGAGGCCGGCGGCGGCCCUCAGCAUCGAUCUCAUGGAAGAGAUCUUCCUCCGCGUUGCCUCCCCUGCAGACCUCGCCCGUGCCUCCACUGCCUGCGUCUCCUUCCGCCGCAUCAUCAGUGAUCCGUCCUUCCUCCGCCGGUACCGCUCUAUCCACCCGCCGCUGCUCCUCGGCUUAAUCGGCGUUGCAGGUUUCACACCUGCCGACCCGCCCCAUCCCUCCGCUGCUCUAUCCCGCGCUGUCGCCCGCGCCGCCGACAUCUCCUUCGACUUCCUACCUCGCAGUCGCACCGCCAAUUGGCGCCACUCGCAUCCGUGGUAUCCGUGCGAUGUCCGCGACGGCCGUGUCCUCGUCAAGUGCAUUCGCGAGGAACCCGUCGUAUACUUGGACCUCGCGGUGUGCGAUCCUUUGUCCCGUAGAUACCUGCUGCUGCCUCCUUUGGCCGAGGACCUAGUACUCGCCUCCGUCGGGCUCCAAAAACCAAGUGUGGUCCAUUCUGGGGUCUCGUUUAUCCCUUCUGGAGGCGUGGAGGAGACAUCAUUCAGAGUGAUCAGCUGGAAAUAUUCCAAGACAAGGUUAGCGGUGUUUGUCUUCACUUCGUCUUCUGGCAGCUGGAGCGUCGGUACAUCUACCACCAGGGAUGAUCUAGGCUUGGACCACGAGUUUGUCAGGCUUUAUUCGGUCCAGUGUGUGUAUGGCCACUGCUAUUGGAGAUUAUGUGGCACAAGCAAGUUAAUCAAGCUCGACAUGAACAGCAUGGAGUUCUCCACUGUUGACCUCCCACCUGAUCACGAAAAGAGGAAUGUCAUCAUUGUGGAGUCAUGGGGAAGCAAUGUUGCAAUGUUUAGUAUGAUUGAUGAAGGCGCAUCUGUGGAUUAUUACACCUCUUCGCAAAAUGACAGCGAGAAGUCCCAUGAGUGGCAUAUGAUGAUUAGCAUCCCUUUGCCUGCAGACUAUAUUAUUGGCCCCUGCUUUAAGGGUCCAGCUGAAGGGUAUAUUUUCCUAGAAGGCAUUCGAAUAGAUCAUGAGGCGGGACAUUCAGGGUUAUUCUCACUUGAGAUUAAAUCUUUCAAAAUUGAGAGGGUCUGUAUGUCACCCUAUCGCUUUUUUGGCCGUCCAUAUUUUGGUUUCCCACCUUCUAUGUCACCAACAAGAAUUUAAGGAUAUGGAGGGGGUAAGUUUUCUUCGUUAAGUGUUGCCUUCUGCAUUUUGGCAGAGCUCUAAAUCAUUGCCACGUGAUUAUGAUGUGGGAAUAAAUUUUACUUGUACUAUGUAA